AUGGCGGAUAGCGAAGACGAAGAAGUUCCCCCGCAGAGAGAUGUGAAGGUAUUUUGUACUUUUAGCUUCAUCACAUGGACACAUGACAUGGACGAAUUUCAGAUUGGUUCAAAUAGCGUACGAUGAGACACCUUUUAUGAAACUUUCGACAACUCCUGGAAAGUCCAAGAUAGUUCGUGCUAAAUUCUUAUCAACAUGGAGUUUAAGAGGACACAAUUUCCACAGUUAAGGUUUAGAACUCCAAAAGAACUUGGUGCUGGCAAACUGUUGCAAAAAAAUAGUUUAACCUGCAAUUCAACUGGCUUCACUUCUUUAAACACCAUUUAUUUUUUUGUUAUUUUAAUGAAAUCGUCUUUUAAAAGGUGGUUGGGCAAUCAGUUUUUUGUUGCUACAUACGUGUUUGCGGUAUGGCACCAGUCAACAUGUGUAUUCGGGAAGCUGUAUCAAAUAGCUCUCCAAAUGUAAUGUACAAUUAUGUUUAACUUUGUAUCAGUAACAGCAACUGUAGACUUCCUGCAUACAAUGUACUAGCCGUAAAUUGUAGUGAGUUUUAUGAUAAAGUUCAGAUAUAACGCGUGCUGUCGUUGAUUGAAUGAGCGUGCUCUGUCAGAGUACAAAACAUGGAUAGAAAGGGUAAGUUUAAUUUCUAAAGAAACUGUGGUGCUGCAUUGGUGGGAGAACAUAAUGAGGUAAUUUGGUAUUCUCAUUUGAGUUGGUAACAUAAAUUUGCCACCAUUAAGAGUUUCAAAGCUGACAUUUCGAGUGUUAUCCCUACAUUAGAGUCCUUCACUAUAGCUCUGAGAAAGGGCUAAUGUUUGAAACAUCAGCUUUGAAACUCUUAACAGUGGCCAAUUUAUGAAACCAACUCAAAUGUUAAUACCAAAUUACCUUACAAAACAUGGAACUGAGCUAAAGCUGUCACGCAAUCUGCCAAUUUGUACUAUGUCCCACCACUAUCCAGACUUCUCUCUAGCUUUUUUUUGUUAAUUGAAAGUGAAAUUUCAGAACAAGUGAGCAAACAAAGGUUGGUAAACAUACCAAGUGCUGUAAUUGACAUUAUUAUAAUGAGAGAAGAGACAAAAAUCCUUAAAGAGAAAGCGAACAAUCUGAGUUUUUUAAGCUUAUGGACAUUAAUAAAAAUCAAGCACCACUAAAACUUGUAUAGUAUAUAUGGUUUUUGUCAUAAAAAUAAAGACAGAACAAAACAUGAAUGAUGAAAGUGUAACCAAAUUGGCAUAACUGUUAAAACUCAUACAAAUCAUGAUGGUGUCAGAGUGACUGCCAUCAUGGCUAGCUCAUCAUGGGGAUCUCUGGUCAUUGUGGUGAAGCAAGCCUCAGAAAUUAAAUCAGCAGCCCUUUGAGUGAGCAACUAAGAGCUUGCUCUGAUAUCCUUGUUGAGGUCACAUCCAUUACAGAAGUGGAGUUUUAUGGCACUGUGAUCCCAAGCAAUGUUCAUGUUGCUUAGAAUUCAGCAGUUGUUUAGUCAUAAAACUCACAUCUUAAGCAGUUUGUUUCCUAUUUGUGAAGUGAAAAAUCUUGUGUGUUUUUAUAAGCCACAAUUUGGCCCUAUUGCAUUCAACAUUUCACUUUCAGACACUGUAUUCAGACUGAUAAAAAAAAUUCAGGCAAAAGUGUUAUGUUCAACCAGCUGAACUGUUUAAGUUUGUGAACUACUUCAGAUUGCGACCUUUGAUGGUUUGACAUUGUCAACAACUCUAGUCUUGUUCAACCAAUCAGAUUAUCUGAGCCAUUCUAGCAAGGAUUCUGAUUGGCUUAAUGUAGCAUAUUUUAUGAGAGUAUCGAGCAUGCUAAUGAUACUGUUGUUAUAAACUAGAAGUGAUGCAUGGGGAAUUUAAUGGAUUCUCUAUUGUUAAACAAAUGGAGAAGCCUUGACAGUGCUCUGUUUUGUUGUAAAGCAACUUAGUAGGUGGCUAGAGCACAAAAGAACUGAGGAGAAACACUGUUGACUAUGUCUUGUGUUUCUCCCUACACUUCUUUUGUGCUCUAGCUGCUUCUUGGAUGCUUUACAACAGGACAGAGCACAGUCAAGGCUUCUGUAGUUGUUAAAUAUUUUUUAACAUUUGUGUUGAAAUAUUUUUAAUAGUUUUUCAACAGGAUUUUAGCUUCAAACAAAUGAGGAAAAUGAGAAUGUUUGAUUCACCAAUAAAUUUACCCACUGCUCGCUCAAGCUUGCUGGCUGUUUCCACCAAGUAUGGGUUGACAUUCAUCAGCUGCCCUACAGGUAUUUUGAAACCAUUUUUGUUAAUUUGUUGUUGAUUUUUGUUUUGUUUUGGUUUUGGUGUUGAGAAAAUGUAGUGGACAAGUUAAAAAAAAAAAUGUGCACAAUAACAGCACUUAUACAAAAACCAAGGACAAUUAACUGAAUGAGAGCACAUUUCAUAUGAGUGUCCUUAAAACCAAACCUUAGUAAUCAAUAAAGCCAAUGAGAUGAAAAGAAAAUAUCAUAACGAGUCAAUGAAAAUUUACAGCAAAAGUAAGUAGACUGCUCAAAGCAAGUUUUGAAUCUGAUUGUUUCAGAGGAUAGCACAAGUUUUCUCUUGCAGGUGUAAAUCUGGCAUAAAUUAAGCCUGAAAAUCAUCAGAUUACAGCUGGAUGUGUUAUUUUCCUUAAACUGAAUUUUCUUUUCUGAUUGCCUCUGGUGAUAAGAAUGAUGUAUAUACAAAAUUUGAUCAAAGUGUACAUAUUUACAUAUGUGUGGACCAAGGACAAUAUUAAAUCACAAAAAUUGCAUCAAUCGCAUAUACAUGUAAUUUCUUCAUGGGAUAUUUAAUGAAUUACUAUUGUGCUGCCUAUCAUUGUUUUAAAUUUUUAAAUCAAGAUUACUAUUUCAUGUCAGGAACUAAUUGCCAAGAAUAAAAGUGAAAAAAACUGAAACCAUCUAA